UUAACGUAAUCUUGAUAAAAAUUAAACGUUAUUUUCAAUAUACAUUAUUGAAGAAUGAAUUCUUAUUAUAAAGUAAAGAAAUAUCGUUACUUCAAACGUUUAGAGGUUAUCAUGAACACUAAUGACACAAAUUUUAAUGAUGAAAGUGAAGAAAUGAAUGACUUGCUUACAAAUCAAGCCGUAGUGACUUCUUCUGAAGUUCAAGAGAAUAAAAAUGCAGAUACUUUUGACAAUUCUUCGAUAAAUCCAUCCAUGAGUGGCCUAUCAUCCGAAACAUUCAUCGUAUAUCAUGCUGACUUGGACAGUAAUAGAGAAAGUGACAUUGAGAUAUUAGAAAAUGCAAAUAAUAAUAUUGCUGCGGACAUUUACACUAAAAUAUUAAAUUGGUCUUUGAACAAUAUGGACAAAAUGGCCUUAACUACAUUAACAGAAUUAUUACAUAUUCUUCGAAGUGAAGGUUUUAUUAAUUUUCCAAAUACAGCUCAAAAAUUUCUCAGCUUUCAACAUUCAGUCAAUGUAACCACAAUGAUUACUAGGAAAGAGAGUAUUGGUAAUUACUGCUACUUUGGGAUUAAAAAUAAUCUUGAAAAAAUAAUAUUUCCAGAAAUUUAUACGGAAAAUAUUAUUGAAAUUAUGAUACAUAUAGAUGGAAUGAAGAUAUAUAGAACUACAAAAAAUCAGCUUUGGCCUAUAUUACUGAAAGUUGUUUCAAAUAAUUAUGAGUGUAAACCGUUUGUUGUCGCUGCAUUCUAUGGAGAUUCUAAACCUAAAUAUGUAAACGAUUUCCUUCAAGAUUUUGUCAUUGAAGCAAAGGAAAUACUUUUGAAUGGAGUAAUAUUGAAUGGCAAAAAGUAUAAAGUUAAAAUUAGAUGUCCGAUAGCUGAUGGGCAAGCACGUGCUUUCUUGAAGAAUAUAAAAGGACCAACAGCUUUUUUUGGAUGUGAAAGAUGCGUUAUUGAAGGAGUUACAGUUAAUCGGAGAAGGGUUUAUCCUUAUAUUGAUUGUGAAAAACGAACAAAUGAAUCAUUUAUUGCGAUGGAUGAUAGUGAACAUCAUUUAACAACAGAGCCUACAAUUUUGAUUAAAAUUCCUAAUUUUGACCCUAUAAAGGAUGUCGUUUUAGAUUCGAUGCAUAUGCUUUAUUUGGGUGCCAUGAAAAAUUUACUAGAAAAAUGGAUGGGUCGCAAAAGUCGUUCCAAAUUAUCCCUUAGGAGCCGUCAAAUAUUUCGACAGCUUAUAGAAACUAUGACACCUUACAUCCCAUUAGAAUUCCAACGUAAAGAAUUUAGUUUGGAUACAGUUGGACACUGGAAAGCUACUCAAUAUCGAUUCGUAUUACUGUACUGCGGACCGUUUAUUUUACAGUAUGUGUUACCAACAGAUAGAUACCUCCAUUUUUUAUUAUUACAUGCUGCAUCUCGAAUUCUCAAUAGCAGAGAGUUAGCUACUGCAUAUGCUGAUAUAGCUAAUAGAUAUUUAAGAAAAUUCGUACAAUUAUUGCCAACUUAUUAUGGGAUAGACUCGCAAGUUAUGAAUUUUCAUAAUCUUAUUCACAUAUCUGAUGAUGUGACGAAUAUUCAAGCUCCGUUAAGUGAUUUUUCAGCUUUUUGGGGCGAAAGUUAUAUUGGAAAGUUUAAGGAUUUAGUUUAUUCUUAUGCUAGACCACUCCAGCAAAUAGUCAAUAAAAUAAAAGCAACAGAAGCUUCCAGUAAUAUAAAAAUAAGAAAGCGUUGGUCAGGCGGAAAGUACAUAGUUAAACAUCAGCUAGAAAUUUUCGGUGGUUCAAUCAUCCAAAUGAAAUCUAUUGUAAUAUGUGAAAUGGAGAUCAGUGAUAAUGAACCAAAUAACAUUGUUUUGUUAAAAGAUAGAAGAGUUUUUUCUGUUCAAGGUAUUUUUUCAAGAGAUAAUAAUUCUCAUGUAGCAUUACAUAAUGUUUUUUUGACUGGUUAUGAAAGUACUGAGAAGUUCAAUGUAUUUGAAAGACCAUGUUUAUCUCAAGAAUUAAAUAUAGUCAAAUUUUAUGCAUUCAAUAAUGAACGUUUGCACUUUUCAGCUACUGAAAUUCAAUCGAAAUGUUUCAUGAUAAAAAUUAUAAAUCGAUAUUAUGUAUCUCCAUUUCUUCAUUGA